CAGAAAGUGGGGCUUUUUGAUUAUAGGGAAGUAUUUCAUUUACGUCACUAUUACCUAGAGCUCCGCCAUUUGUAGACGUUUCUUCUCUAUUUUAUUUGUGUUUUUAUUCAUGGUCGACUAUAUUAUCUAAAUGAUCUCUGUAAAACAUCCCCAAAAUAUGUCAAUAACAGAUAAAUGUAGGAAACGGAAAUCAACUGAGAUAAGCAAAACUAAAGACGAUGAACUAAACAGGACACCCGAGAGGACGUUGGGAUUCAAAAGUCUAAAGAGAACGGGGUGUGUAACACAAGAAACAGAUGCUGGCCAAGCCCCGGAAUCGUCACAAAUGGCGAUCGAACAACAAACUGGCGAGCUUGUCCCAGAAGAACAUGCAGCGGCAUUGGAAACAAUAAAACGCCAAAAAGAACUAAUUGAAAAACUCUAUAAAGAAAUACAGGAGUCCCGUGUGAACAAUCAACAGUCUGUAGAGGCGGUUUCAGAGUCUAGUCAGACAUCUCUGAAAAAAGUUUCCGUAAAAGAUGAUAACGAUGAUGAUGUCAAAGACGAAGAUGAUGCCAGUAAGGAGGAAUCGAUUGUAGAUAUCAUACCUGCGAUUUAUAGCAACGAACGAAUGAAUGAAAAUGACCGGUGGAAAAUUCAAACACAUAUGAACUCCCUUUGGUUAAACAUAGAUCCCAAAGAACUUAUUAUUGAACUUCAUUCUUUAUUUGUUUUCGACGAAGACGAAUUUAACUAUUUGUUAGACCAUGUACAAGCAAAGGGCAGAAGUAACGGUGCGUUAGAGAUGUUGAGGAAAUUGUACAGAAAAGGGCCGAAUUCAUAUAUUCUCUUUUUAGUGGCCCUAGCAAAAUGUAAACAUACAUGGGUUAUAAAAACAUUGGAACCAGAUUGUGUAAUAUGUGAGGGUAGAAUCAAAUACAGUGGACAGAAGUUCUAUGAAUUGAUAGACAACACCAGUCCUAAAUAUAGAGAAUUUGUAAAAAGAUGUGAAAAGAAUAUUGGAGGUGUAUAUCAUGACCACCCAGGACACAAAUUUGUGGUUGUAAAGAAAUUAGCGAAAGGCUGUGUUGAAGUAACAUUUCAUCUCAUAUCUCUGGGUUCCAAUAAUGAGGAAGAUUUAAGACGACCACUACAAGACUUGGUAAAAACUGGUUUUAUUGAUACUGAUCCAGUGAAACCGGACGAAUUUUAUUUCCGUCAAAUAACAGAUGAGGAGUUCGCUUCCGAAAGGGAAUCGAUUACCCAGAGAAGAAUUAUUGACCUUGAGAAGGAAAUCGAAACUUUGAAGUUACAGAUAAAUGAGCUGCUGUUGGAAAAUGCCGCUCUAAAAGCCACAUCGGCCAACUCUCAGGAAAUGGAAAAAUACAAAGAAGAUUUAGCUAAAAAAUAUACAGAUACACUUCAAGAUAAAGAACUAAUUAUUAGCAGCUUACAGGAACAACUUUAUCAGCAGGCAACAGAGAGCAAUGUGGACAAAGACUGGUCAGAUGAUGAAAGACUAGAUCAAGAUAAAGGCCCUGAAGAUUUACCUACAGAUGACGAAAGACGUGAAAAAGAUACAGACAUGACAAUAGUGCCUAUAGUUGACAGUCAGGAGAAAGACAAGAAUGAAAAGGGAGCAGAUAAAGACAUGACAAUAUUACCUACAGAUGACGAAGGGCUUGAUCAUGAUCAAGACCGGACAAUAUUACCUACAGAUGACGAUCAAGAUAAAGACAAGGUGGAAAAAGGAGCAGGUAUGUUACUAAUACAGAUGACGAUAAACAUAGCCAUGUAG